CUUGAUUCAGCUCCAGGGUUGUUGCUGAGGUCUGGGGUUGGACUGAGCUCCUGUGGCUCCCUGGAAUGGAGAUUUAUCCCUGUUUUCCUCUUCCUUUUGCAGUGUUGUUUGCUGCUGGACUCCCCCUGUCCCCUCAACCCCGCAGGAUGAUAUGAGACUUGAAAGAAGACGAUGCAUACAGGAGGAGAGACUUCAGCAUGCAAACCUUCAUCUGUUCGGCUUGCACCAUCGUUUUCAUUCCAUGCUGCUGGCCUUCAGAUGGCUGGACAGAUGUCCCACUCCCAUCAGCAGUACAGUGACCGGCGGCCGCAGAACAUCAGUGACCAGCAGGUUUCUGCCUUAUCCUACGCUGAGCAGCUCGAGCAGCCACUCCCACUGACAAACCAGAGGCGGAUGCCCCAGACUUUCCGUGAUCCAGCCACUGCUCCACUGAGGAAACUCUCCGUAGAUUUGAUCAAAACAUACAAGCAUAUUAAUGAGGUUUACUAUGCAAAAAAAAAACGGCGGCAUCAGCAGGGCCAAGGAGAUGAUUCCAGUCACAAAAAGGAGAGGAAGGUUUACAACGAUGGAUAUGAUGAUGACAACUAUGAUUAUAUUGUGAAAAAUGGGGAGAAGUGGAUGGAUCGUUAUGAAAUCGACUCUUUAAUAGGCAAAGGAUCCUUUGGACAGGUUGUCAAGGCCUAUGACCGAAUGGAGCAGGAGUGGGUGGCCAUCAAAAUCAUCAAAAACAAGAAGGCUUUCUUAAACCAGGCCCAGAUUGAAGUGAGACUGCUUGAGCUUAUGAACAAACAUGACACUGAGAUGAAGUACUACAUAGUGCAUUUGAAGCGUCACUUCAUGUUCCGGAACCACCUGUGCUUGGUGUUCGAGAUGUUGUCCUACAACCUGUACGACCUGCUGAGGAACACCAACUUCAGGGGGGUGUCCCUGAACCUCACCAGGAAGUUUGCCCAGCAGAUGUGCACAGCUCUGCUCUUCCUGGCCACCCCCGAGCUCAGCAUCAUUCACUGUGACCUAAAACCCGAGAACAUCCUGCUCUGCAACCCCAAGCGGAGCGCCAUCAAGAUCCUGACCCCACCCCUUGAUCUCAAACGAUUCCCAACUUCCCGCCAGGAAUACAAACCCCCCGCGACUCGCAAACUUCACAACAUCCUGGGAGUUGAGACAGGAGGACCAGGCGGGCGCCGGGCUGGGGAACCGGGUCAUACUGUAGCCGACUACUUGAAGUUCAAAGACCUCAUCUUAAGGAUGCUUGACUAUGACCCCAAGACACGGAUCCAGCCCUACUAUGCCCUGCAGCACAGUUUCUUCAAGAAAACAGCGGAUGAAGGUACAAACACGAGUAACAGCGUGUCCACCAGUCCUGCCAUGGAGCAGUCGCAGUCUUCGGGAACCACCUCUAGUACAUCUUCAAGCUCAGGUGGAUCUUCCGGAACGAGCAACAGCGGGAGGGCACGGUCGGACCCCACGCACCAGCAUCGACAUAGUGGUGGGCACUUCACUGCUGCUGUUCAAGCAAUGGACUGUGAAACACACAGCCCACAGGUUCGACAGCAGUUUCCUCCCCCGAUUGGUUGGACGGCCACCGAAGCUCCGACACAGGUCACUGUUGAAAACCACCCAGUUCAAGAAACCACCUUCCAUGUAAACCCUCAACAACAGAAUGCAUUACAUCAUCACCACGGCAACAGCUCCCACCACCACCACCAUCACCACCACCACCACCACCACCAUGGACAGCAAGCCUUGGGCAGCCGGACCAGGCCGAGAGUCUACAAUUCUCCAACAAACAGCUCCUCCACCCAGGAUUCUAUGGAGGUGGGCCACAGUCACCACUCCAUGACAUCCCUGUCUUCCUCAACUACUUCUUCCUCUACAUCUUCCUCCUCUACUGGUAACCAAGGCAAUCAGGCCUAUCAGAACCGCCCAGUGGCUGCUAAUACCUUGGACUUUGGACAGAACGGAGCGAUGGACAUGAAUUUAACAGUCUACUCUAAUCCGCGCCAAGAAACGGGCAUAGCUGGACAUCCCACGUACCAGUUCUCUGCUAACACAGGUCCUGCUCAUUACAUGACUGAAGGACACCUUGCCAUGAGGCAAGGCAUUGAUAGAGAAGAGUCUCCCAUGACAGGAGUUUGUGUUCAGCAAAGUCCUGUGGCUAGCUCGUGACUAAACUGAAACUAAGUUUGUUUCUUGUGUGUUUUUAUAGAAGUGGUGUUUUUCCAAAAAAAAAAAAAAAAA